GUGCUAUAAUGGUACUAGGCAAAGCAGAUGGGAUGACAAGCCCAAAUAUGGAUAAUAAUAUAUCACCAGCGAGCCCCCUGGGUGUAAGCCCACCCACCAUCAUAGGCAUGCAGCUUAUGCCAGAUCUACCUCCAUUGGGGGGCCGGUUGUCCCCGGUAAACACUCCCCCUAUUGACAGGAGAUAUCUCUCACCAACAAACAUGCCACCUUUAGGAGGACAAAUACACUCGCCGCCAAAUACGCCACCUAGAGGUCGUAAAGGGGACUCAUCGCCUACACAAAUUAGAAAACAAAAAAAGGAAACUCCGGAGAAAAAAAUCAUAAUUCAUCACUCAAAAUGGCUUCGACAUUUAGUGCGGCAUAUAGAGAACGACCAAGUCAGUAAAG